AUGACUACUUCCACAAGCCCUGUAAUACCCACCGGCUCUACGAUCCUCGUGACUGGGGCCAAUGGAUUCAUCGCAUCACAUGUAGCCGAUCAAUUCAUCAAGAAUGGCUACAAGGUUCGCGGUACUGUUCGAGACAUCGAGAAGAGCAGCUGGCUCAACGCCUACUUUGAUAAGAUUUAUGGCAAGGGCCACUUCGAAUUAGUCUCGGUUCCAGAUAUGCUUGCGGAAAACGCUUACGACGAAGUUGUAAAAGGCGUCUCGGCCUUCAUUCAUACGGCAUCCGUAGUUAGCUUCGAUCCUGACCCAAACAAGGUCAUUCCGACCGCGAAAGACAGCGCCUUGAUUGCCCUCGAGGCUUCCUAUAGGGAGCCAAGCGUGAAGCGCUUCGUGCUGACGUCAUCGUCGUCAACGACAUUGGCCGCGAACCCUGAAACUUUCAUGAAGAUGAAGGGUGCGGUUGUGACCGAAGACACCUGGAGUCCUGACGCGAAAGAAUUGGCCUGGACGCCGGGCCCAUGGGGUCCCGAGCAUGGCGCUUUCGUCUAUGUUGCCAGUAAGGUUGAGCAGGAGCAAGCCGUUUGGAAGUAUCACGAGGAGAACAAGUCCAAACGCCCUGACCUCGUUGUCAAUUCUGAGUACUUCAUCGAUGUACAGGACGACGCUAUCCUGCACGUGGCUGCUGCUACUUUACCCGACGUCAAAAGCGAGCGCAUCUUUGGUUUCGCCCAGUCGUUCUGCUGGGAUGAUGUGCUCGAGAUCUUGCGUAAGCAGCACCCGGGCAAGAACAUUCACGAAAACUUUGCCAACGAACCUUUCCCAAUUAUCAUCAAGCCCGUGGAUCGCGCCGAAGCACUGUUGAAGAGGCUGGGUAAGCCUGGAUGGACUUCCCUGGAAGACAGCUUGCGGAUGAACACGGAGGACCUCAUAGCGGAAAUUUCUGCUUGA